AUGCCAAGUCCUCUCAGCCUUGCCGAUUCCAAGCCCUUGCAGGGCGACGAAUCUGGUGAGAGUUCUUGGAAAGGCGACGUUAACGACGCCACCGAACCCGAAGAAGCGUUGGCCGCUUCUACUCAGAAGGAAGACAUCACUAACACCAUUCUCCCUAGAUGUGAGCUUUGCAAGCAGCGAAAGGUAAAAUGCGACCGUGGCCAACCAUCAUGCGGGUGGUGCACCCGCAAUAGCGCGGCAUGCGAAUACAAGGAACGCCGAAAACCGGGAUUGAGGGCAGGGUAUGGGAGAGAGCUGGAGCAGCGGCUUGACAAACUCGAAGAAAUACUCAAGUCACAUGCAGAAAUUCUGCAGGCGACAAUGACGGCUGGCAGCCAGAAUCAUGCACCAAGUAUAAGGAAUAGUAACUCGAGUCUGCCGAGCGAUCAGGGAACUCCCCGAGAAGUUGUACCAGUCUUCAGACCACCAGAAAGCAUGCGCACACCCCAGGCUGAAACUGCUCUCUUUUUACAGAAGGUGUCCAGUUUCACACCGAGCUCUCAAGCCCUUGAAUUUGGCAUACCGCCUACUCCUGGGAUAAGCGAUGGGUUUCAGCCACAUAUGCAAAUGCCUGGCAUAUCUGGUCCACCCGGUGUAACUUGUAUACCACCAUCAGCAGCGGCUCAGGACUACUACGGAUCAAACAGUCAGGCCACAAUGCAUUCGCCAUCCGUUACGUUGUCUCAAAACGCCUCAGUUAGUACAGCGCCGCUGGACCAGGAUAUGCCCCCGUACGAUUUGCUCUACGCCUUGGUCGACCUGUAUUUUAAACACAUCAACACUUGGUGCCCGAUUCUGCAUCGGAAAACGACCCUGGAUUCUCUCUUUGGUCCAUCAACACUGCAGGAGACAGAUCGAAUUCUUCUUCAUGCAAUUGUGGCAACGGCCAUGCGAUAUUCCAAUGACUCAAGGUUGACCGAUGAGCGGCGGCGACAUUACCACCAAGUGUCAAAGCAACGAGUUUUGCUCUAUGGAAUGGAGAACUCAUCAGUCCAGUCUCUUCAGGCAUUGGUUAUUCUGGCCCUUGAUCUUUGCGGUGACAGCAAUGGGCCGCCAGGGUGGAACAUCAUGGCGCUCAUCACCCGCGGCGUAGUCCAGCUGGGGCUGGCAGUAGAAAGUACAUCUUUCAGCGUCUCGCCCAACUACACGUCAAUCUACACACUACGUGCAAUGGUGCUACCAGAAACGAAGGACUUCAUCGAGGAAGAGUCACAAAGAAGGCUAUUUUGGAUGAUAUAUCUUCUGGAUAGAUAUGCCACAAUUGCGACUGCCUUCGAAUUUGCGCUCAAUGAUAAAGAAAUUGACCGCACUCUCCCUUGUCGCGACGAUUUGUGGAUCAAGAACCAGAAGGUUGAGACCAAAUGGUUCAAAACCCGGGACUAUCACGAAGAGACAUCGGAAUAUGAUAUUAGCAAGCCUGAGAAUAUCGGCGCAUUCGGAUUCCAUUGCGAGAUUCUCAACAUCCUAGGUCGAAUACAUGAUUUCCUCAAACAGCCUGUUGACAUUAGUGCCCUGAGCGAUGUGGAACAGUGGCAAAUGCGUUACAAGGAACUCGAUAACCUACUCACAUCCUACAAAUUCUCCCUACCAAAUGAGUACGGCAAUAUGGCAAAGUUAUUCCAGCCAGGAAGCAAGAACCUCAACUGCGGGUGGGUCAUGUUACACGCGACAUACCAUACCGCCGUCAUUCGACUGCAUUCAUCGGCCGCUUAUCCUACUACUAGGUCACCAAUCUUCACCCCUUCGUACAGUGCUUCGCAGAGGUGCCAUGGUGCCGUCGAGAAUAUCGCAGCGUUGGGCGAAUUUGUCAUUAAUAAUAGUCUCCUGCAUAAACUGGGCCCCCCCUUCGCAUUCACCCUCUGGGUUGCCGCCAGACUACUGCUUGUUCAUGGCUCGACUGUUGAACGGAAGCUAUCUCCUCAAAUUUCCUUCUUUGUCGAGGCCCUUCGCGAAAUGGGGCGUUACUGGCCCGUAGCAGCUCGCUAUUGCGAGCUCCUUCAAAGGGUGCUAGAUGAGCAUCGUGACAGCGAGAGGCAAGGUGAUGGAGUGACACCAAGCUCCGUGAAAAUACUAUCUGACAUGCGUCGAACUGCAUUUGACCUUGACUUUCUCAUUUCAAGGCAACCGAAGCUGGGUGUCGGAAGUAUGAGCCGAUUCCCAAGUUUAACACCAGCAAGAACCCCAGCUCCAAACGAGCUCGAAUACUUAGAUGUCUUUGACUUCUUCAACGUGCCUCGUUUACCAGUUGGCGGAGAGAACAUGGCGGGCAACGGCCAAACGGCUCCCGCUGGAGUAGACAUCGACCGACCAAACAGCCAAGAGCAGGUACAACAUCCUGGGCCUGGGAAUGAAUUUAAUAUUACGAACUUUAUGGUGGACGCUAAUAGCGACUGGCUCUUUAAGCAAGAGGGAAGCAAAUUUUUGGGUCAAACUUAA